UUCCUCUGCCUCUAGAAUGAGUCUUGGUCCUGGAUCUGACCUGCUAUCAUAUGCAUUUUUUCAAAUAUGACCUGUGUCCUCUUUCUUUCUUUCCUCCUCAUGACAACCGGCGUCUGGGACACAGCAGAGUGUUCAUCGGGUGAUGGAAAGAGCUUAUGGUAUGGGUUAAUGAACCAAAGCGAGUUUUUAUCCGGAACGUUCCCUAAGGGUUUCCUCUGGGGUGCUGGAACUGCAGCAUUCUCAACCGAGGGAUCAUGGGAUCAGGAUGGGAAAGGACUUUCUGUUUGGGACCAUUUCACUCACCACACACUUGGAAGACGGAAUAUUAGCUCCUUGACAGCCGAUACAGCCAGCAACAGUUACGUGCUCUGGGAAAAGGACAUUGAAUCACUUCAGUACCUUGGAGUCAAAUUCUACUCGUUCUCUAUAUCAUGGCCACGUAUUUUCCCAGACGGAGAUGCCACGGGACAACCGAAUCUUGCUGCUGUGGAUCAUUACCUCCGCCUGAUUGGCCGGUUAAAAGCACUCAAUUUGGACCCUGUGGUGACCCUGUUUCACUGGGAUUUGCCCCAAAACUUGCAGGAGGAAUUGGGAGGCUGGACAAAUGCAAAAUUGGUGCAGAUUUUUGCUGACUAUGCUGCAUUUUGUUUUAAAACCUUCGGCCAAGACGUGAGAUACUGGAUCACUAUACACAACCCAGUCUUGAUUGCAUUUCUGGGCUAUGGAAUGGGAAUUCAUGCACCAGGGGUGUCCGGUAACCCUGCUGACCCUUUCAUCGUUGCACAUAACCUCAUCAGGGCACACGCAGCAGCCUGGCACAUUUACGACCAGCACUUCCGUCCCCAUCAGCAUGGCCAAAUCUCAAUCACACUCGGCUCCUAUUGGGUGGAGCCUUUCAAUGGCCAGGCUACACCAGUGAAUGUGGAGCUCUGUCAGAGGUCUGUGGAGGCCAUGAUCGGCUGGUUUGCAGAACCAAUACAUGGAGCUGGUGAUUAUCCAUUGUCCCUACGUUCAUCUCACCCAGGCCUGGUCCCAAAUUUUACAUCAGAGGAAAAGCUUUGGGUGCGUGGCACAGCUGAUUUCUUCUCACUGGCAUUUGGGCCUGAUUCAGUACGUGCAGGGAGAAUUUUGGCCCGAUUUGGCCAGACUGUGGCACUGAACCUGAGAAAAAUUCUGGGCUGGAUCCAGAAGGAGUAUGAGGACCCUCCAGUGGUGGUGGCAGAGAGCAGUUGGUUCUCUGAUGCCUCUGUCGGAGUGGAAGACACGGUGGCCAUUUACCUCAUGAAGAGAUUUCUUAACCAGGUGCUUCAAGCGGUGGUCGUGGACCAUGUGAAGGUCUUUGGCUACACAGCCUGGUCUCUGGUGGAUGGGUUUGAGUGGAACAGUGGCUACAGCAUAAGAAGAGGGCUUUUCUACAUCGACUUCAACCAGCCUGAAUUCAUCAGGGUCCCGAAAUCAACAGCUAAAUACUACAAGCAGAUCAUCAAGGACAAUGGCUUUCUUGAUGUGGAGACAGAGAAAGACAUUGACGGUCAUUUUCCCUGCAAUUUCCAGUUUGGUGUGGCAGAUUUUAUCCUGCAGGUCCAUCUACAGCCAUUUUCACCUCAGUUCACUGAUCCUGUUCUAUAUCGGUGGAACAUCAGUGGCGAUAGUGCCCUCCAUCCUGUCUUAGGAGUAACUCUUCGCACUCGUGGCUCCCAGUGCACCGACUUCCUUGCUAUUCAACAUCACAUCCGCCUCAUUGAAGCCACAGGGUCAUCACAUUACAGAUUUGCCCUGGAUUGGCCUCGGCUUUUUCCCAACGGUGACAUUACAUCUGCAGAUGCAGUAGCAGUGCGAUAUUACCGCUGCAUGCUAACUGAGCUGCAGAAAAAGGGUAUUGGUGCAGUUGUUACACUCUACCACCCCACCCUUAGGUCACACACACUGGGCUUACCAAGGUUGCUGCAUGCACAAGGUGGAUGGAUGAAUACAAGUACUGGUGAUGCAUUUGUUGACUAUGCCACGUAUUGCUUUCAAACAUUUGGGACACUCGUGAAUGUCUGGAUCACUGUGAAUGAACCAAAUCGCCUGAUAGAAGCGUAUAACAUAAGUGCAGAAGAAAGAGACGUGGUAGUCCGCACCAUUUUGAUGGCACAUGCUCGUGCUUGGAAUAUUUACAACGCACGUUUCCGUCGACACCAGGGGGCAAAGAUAAGUUUUACACUCCAUGCUGAUUGGGUGGAACCGGCCAAUCCUUUUGUAGACUCUCACACCAGUGCUGUCCGACACUUUUUAUUCUUUGAACUUGGACGUUUCCUCGAUCCUAUCUUACAGAACAUAGACUACACUGAAACUAAAAGAUGCAAUGACUGCUUCCGUAUGCCACGCUUUUCAGAGCAUGAGAAGUUUGAGCUUAGAGGAGCCCUAGAUUUCAUUGCUCUCAAUCACUUCACAACUCGUCUGGUUUACCCGAAAUUGAGAGACCCCCAUCCUAGUUCAUCUGUCCAUGAUUAUGGCUGCUCUUUUAUGACAGAUCCAACAUGGGAGUCCUCUUAUAAGGGCCAAGCUGUAGUGCCCUGGGGGCUCCGCAGAGUCCUGAGGUGGGUAAAGAGUCGCUAUGGUAACAGUCACCCUGUUAUUAUCACAGCCACAGGGAUUGAUGAUCAGGCAUCCCAUAAUGACCACCUAAGGCAGAAAUAUAUAAAGACCUACAUGCAGGAAGCAUUAAAAGCUCGUGUCCUUGAUGGAGUUGAUGUGCGUGGUUUUUAUGUUUGGAAGCUGCAAGACCAUCACACUCCGGAUUUUGGAUUCUUCCUCUCCCCCAACCAUCAGUCCCGUCCCAAAGCCUCUGUCUCUGUUUACCGCCAGCUCAUCUCUCAGGGUGGCUUUCCCUCCAUCUCUGACUCGGUGACUUCAUCUUGCAAGCCAGUUGUGAGUCAAUCAGAAUGCUGGAUCUGUAAGAACAAACCAUUUCUCUUUUUUGGCUUGUGUCUUAUGAUCAGUGUGUCUGUGCUAGCCAGUGUCAUGGUUAAUGGCAUGAUAAGAAGGAGCAGGAGGAAGAAAAGAAUAAAGACAAGAAAGAGGAAGAUGGGCCAGGCCAUGAGAAGGGUGGUAUAUAGAAUCUGAAGAUCUUUCUCUGAACCUACUGAACCUUCUUUCCCACAAAGUCACAAUUGGAGAAAGAAAGCAAGCAAGCAAGCCUAAAUGUACCAGAUCAACCAAGCCAUCUUUGGUACUUGUGCUGUGAUUCUAAUCACACAUUGUGGGCUAGGUUCCCUUUGGAGUCUGAUCCCUCUGAAGGUUUCUUCAUCUCUAAAAUGAUCUCUGCAAAUUAGACAUCCUGAUUUGUGUAAAGCUGCUUUGUGACAAUAGCCGCGAACAAAAUUGUGCACUGAGUAUGUACAGUACCUGCAUUCCAUUCAGUACAUGAUGCUGCUGAUCAGUUUACAUGUGUUGCCAUUGUCAUGUGACCUAUGAUGUCAGAUUAGCCACAAAAGUAAGUUUUUUAGUUAAUAAUUAACUCUAGUGUUGUUAAACAGUAUGGUUUAACUUAAAAGGAAAAUGUCAAAUGUAAGUAAAAGUGGACUGAAUUGGACUAAACUGAAGCACAAAUCCUGCAUGCCUUGAGCUGAUUGAGUACAAUUAGGAUAAAUUGCAUCAAAUUUCAUUCAUCACAUUGUUUCAUAAGUGACUGACAUGUCUUUUCUGCAUUCACUGCUACGAGGAUCUCAAGCGCAGAUUUACUAAUGAAUGUAUAAAAUCUUAAUGCUGCAUUUCUUUUAAAUCGGUUUGGUAUCACAAACUUUCUGUUCACAUUACUUGUGAUUUGAGAGCACGGUGUUCUGUUGGGCUUCUUUGGUCAACCAUUACAAAGAUGAAUAAUGCUCUUGACUAGAUUUCUACAUUUGCUUAAAUUAUAUAUUUAGUUAUUGCUGUAAUUUUAAGUGAUACGAGCAUGGCUAACAAAACCUCAAUUUUAGUUGUCUGUAAAAAAAAAUCAUUUGAGUUCUUAAUAAGUGAUUACUGAGAUGUUGAACUGUAAAUAUUGUAUAAAUCUAUGUUGUGAUUACAGUAUAAUUAAAUGAAAUUUAAAAAUAAUUUGUAUGCAUUUGAGGAUGUGAUCUUGGAACAUCCGGUCAUCUGGUGAAUUUUUAGUAGAAAACAAAUAAAACUCAAAUCAUUAGUGUGUAAUUACAAUAAAAAAUGUAGUGGAGUAGGAAAAAAAUUCCACAAAAGACGUUUUUAUAAAUAAAGAAAUGUUACACCAAUAAUGAAAACAAAGCUGCUCUGAAAUAGAACAUAUUGAAUUGUUUUAUUGUGACCAAGAUGUUAUAUGUAAUAUACAUUUUAAUAAAUAGAAACAUAAUAAAUUCCAA